AUGGCCGGCUAUCGUACCCUCGGGAGCACUCUCCGACAAGACUACGCUCGCGAGGAGCUCAAGAUGCGCGGGGAGCUUCGGACGCUGAUCCACGAUGUGUUAGUCGCGCUCUCCGGGGACGCCGACGCGAGCAUGCGCUGGACGUUCGAGCGGUACUUCAAGUUCGUCUACCUCGCACACGGCCUCCAGCUCGUCGGCUGGCCCGCGGAGAUCGUGUGGGGGAACCUGAGCGGGAUCACGGGCCGAGCGCGCAUCGCGCACCUGCUCGGGCUGUGGCACGCGGGCGCGCUGCGCUUCGAGCGCGUGUCGGCGGCGGAGCGCGCCGCGGCGCUGCUUGACCCGCGCAGGGCGGCCCCCGCGCCGCGGUACGUGCGCACGCCGCCGAAGCUCGGGCGGAGCGACCUGAAGGCACGCAAGCCCCGGCCGAAGACGAACCCGAGCGGGAAGCCCGGGCGGCACGUCCGGAACGGGCCCAAGUCGGCGAAGUGGGUGACGGCGGCGGCGGAGCGGAGGGCGGAGCUGGCGCAGAUGGCGGAGGUCGCGGCGGUCGCGGCGAGGGCGCGGAUCUCUGUGUGCUGA